CUGAGGGUCAUUGCCGACCCGCCUCUGAUCCGGAGUCGUAGCUGGUGACACCUGCCAACAAAAGUCUGCGCAUCACACAUUAUCCGACUCUAGGUCUCUCUGACAUCAUCAAAGGUCAAGUCCCGGUUCGCAUCCAGGCAUGCCACCUGAUAGGUCAACCUGCAGCUCCAUAUUAUCCACAGCCUUAAGAAAUGAGCUUUCAGUGCAGAUGAGAUAUAGCAUGGGACGCAGCAAGGGAUAGAAGAAGCUGGACUUUUUGUGCGGAAUAGGAACGGCGAUUUACAGUAUCAUUUGAUAUGUUCGGAUGAUGCUAGUCUAACUAGCGCUGCUUGAAAAGGACACCUUAUUGGCCGUCCUGGUGAGACCUCACUAGCUCGCAGGCAGCCCCCCAGGCGACCCAGGCGGGUGGUCAAUGACGUCGUCCACGCGCACCGCUUGGACGGCCACCCAACCCCACAACAAGAACAGAUAAACAGGCCUUGCCAACCAACACCUCCCAAGCCACCAUAUUUCGCAACUUGCAAAAAGCAAGAGGUGCCAGCCAGCUCAAGCAAUCCUCCGAAGGCGUCCCGUACGUUCGACACAUACGACCACAAGCGAGGAUCGAAAAGCAAGCAUGUCUCAAAGCUCCGGAGUGGCGAGCUCGCUUCAGGCGAGGGCGCAGGAAGUCGUCAAGGAGGACUUGGCCGAGGCAAAGAUUCAGGUCAACGAUGCCGCGAAAAGUGGCAGCUACCUGUACCCCAUCAAGGGGAUAUUCUACUUCUUCUCUCACCGUGCCCUAUGGAAGCCCUUCCUGUCCCGCAUCGGCCCCACCCUCGCCGUGUCGGCCGGGGUGACGGUGCCCAUGUUCAUCUUCACCUACCUCCCACAGCUGGCCAUUCUGGUGUGGGUGAACGGCCCGCUGGCCGUGUUCACGACGGUCCUGCUGGUCCUCAACGAGUCGUCGACCAUCACGUCCAUCAUCGCCCGCAACUUCAUCAUGCAGGACGCCCUCCUCGACACCUUUGAUGGCACCCUCGUCGCGCGCGGCGCGACUGGCGUCGUCAAGGAGGGCAGAGAGCUGCAGCCAGGCUCCGACCCCAUCGGCAAGCUGGGCAAGGUGCUCAAGUCUCCCUUCGACCGCUUCAGCCCCAAAGCCAUCCUCCGCUACCUGAUCCACCUGCCGCUCAACUUCAUUCCUGUUGUCGGGACCGUGAUUUUCAUUCUGCUGCAAGGACGAGCCAGGGGUCAAAGUGUCCACGACCGGGUAUGUCCACCACUCUUGUGAAUUUGCAUGCGGAGAAAGUAAACAGUGGACAUGGAUAUUAACAGGCAGAAACAGUACUUUCAGCUCAAAUCUUGGGGCAAGGAGAGGAGGUCCGCCUGGAUCCAGGCGCAUGCAGGCUCCUACACGGCGUUCGGGUUUGUUGCCACUCUGCUCGAGAUGGUGCCCGUCGCAUCGCUUCUCUUUUCUUGCACCAAUGCUGUCGGCGCUGCCCUGUGGGCUGCUGAUAUCGAAGCGAAGGGCACCCAAACGGCAGGGCAGGCUGCCAGUGACAAGGACAACUGAGGUGUUGGCUUCCGACCAUGGCCGGGCCGCCUCUGUAUGGUUGAGGAUUCUGAAUGAAACAAAACCACGUUUCCUUUUUCUCCCCCUUGGGUCGGCCAGGGCUCAGUCCAUCAAUCGUCGCCCAAGAUGGAUGGAUGGGAUACGUGAACGACAACGCGGGGGUGGCGAGCCUUGGGACGUGUGACUUGUGUCGUGGAAGCAAAGCGGUGUUGGUUUCUUUUUUUUCUUUUUUUUUCGGCUUGCCAAGGGACCCUCUUCUGUGCGCCAACACCCGAUCUAGUCGCAAUCCAGCCAUCCGUAUUCAUACAAGUGUAUUUCAGCGCAGAGAUUUGCCGCCAGUGCAUUUUUCAGGCUGAUGAGCCGGGACCAGCCCCUCCGUAGCCGCGAGCGCUUUCCGUCAAGAUAGUGUUUGAGACGGACUGACAGGAAGAAGAGCGCGGAAGAGGGGGGUGGCAGUGGUGGCGUUUGCUACGUGCCAAGCGCGCAUCGGCACGGCCGGAAAGGGGAGAGUGAGAGAGAGAGAGGGCUGCUGCUUCCCAGCCAGCCUAGCCCACGCCAGUCUCCCCCUCCCUGCUGCGGCCUCGUCACAUCACGAAUCGUCAUAUACGGGUACGAUAUCGAGAUUGAUUGGACAUGCGUUGCUGCAGGCCUGUGAUUUGCUUUGCGGCUGGGCAGGAGAGGAGAAAGAAAUGUGAGAAGUGAGAAGUGAGAAGCGACGGGAGGGGGGAGAGGAAAUGAAAUCGAGUGGGAUAAAAAAAAAAAAAAAAAAAAAAAAAGUAA